UUAGUGCAGUAGAGAUGUAGUGUGCGAUUGACGUGAGGAGUGUAGUGUGUAAAUAAAUUUUUGAUUUGGUGUAGCAGCGAAAUAAACGCUGCUCAUUUUUGUUUGUUAAAUCUGCGUUUAAAAUCGUUUGCAUAAGAGAUGAUUAAAGCAAUAUUAGUGUUUAAUAAUCAUGGGAAACCACGUAUGUCUAAAUUUUAUCAGCAUUUUACAGAGGACAUGCAGCAACAAAUUAUAAAGGAGACCUUCCAGUUGGUUUCUAAAAGAGACGAUAAUGUUUGCAACUUUUUGGAAGGUGGAAGUCUUAUAGGUGGCUCAGAUUAUAAGCUGAUAUACCGACAUUAUGCGACGUUGUAUUUUGUAUUUUGUGUAGAUUCAUCUGAGUCAGAGCUUGGGAUUUUAGAUCUGAUCCAAGUCUUUGUGGAAACACUGGAUAAGUGUUUUGAAAAUGUUUGUGAACUUGAUCUUAUUUUUCAUGUUGAUAAGGUUCAUUACAUAUUGAAUGAACUUGUUAUGGGCGGCAUGGUAUUAGAGACCAAUAUGACUGAAAUUUUAACGAGGAUUGAGGAGCAGAACAAACUAGAAAAACAGGAGGAUCACACCAAAUUGAUAAUAAGAGGCCUAUUUACAGUGGACUCUGCUGAUUAUAGUGCAGCUAAGAGGGCUGUUGAAUCAUUGCAUGUAGAUCAUCAGGCUGGGUUGGCUGCUGCACCAGCACGAGCAGUUUCUGCUGUGAAGAACAUGAACAUUCCACAGCAAAUCAAAGACAUUAAGUUACCAGAUUUGCCUCAAGCGAUAAAGGAUCUCAAGUUUUGACUAGAAGAAAUAGUGCGAAACAUUUUGUUACCAGCUAUUUUUAUAUAAUAUGUGUGAAAAGACAAAAAAAGUAAUGAAGUUAUCAAUAAUGGCCCCUUAUUUCUGUUUCUGAGCACUAUCAAAAAGUUUUUACCUGCGAACUUCACAUGCUGUUUUGUUUCAAAUGACAUGUAUUUGUACAAAGUGCCAUGGAAAGUCUUUGUCCAAAAUGACUGUUACUAUUGUUUUGUUCUCUUUUUUUACAGCAAAAGUUAGUUUUCAAACUUGUAUAUACAUGGAGAAAGUGACUAACCAGUAUGGAUUGUAAUUUUUAGUACAAAACUGUUAAAAUUUCCAGUUCCUGUAAAAUUCCAUAACUAUUUUUAUUCUAAUUUGUCCAAACUUCAGCUGUAUGAACAACAAUUUUGUGUGUGUGUGUGUGUGUGUGUGUGUGUGUGUGUGUGUGUGUGCGCGUGUGCGUGUAUACACAAUUCAAUGUUAUAAAUGUUUCAUAUAUGAUAUUGUAACUCUUUUUGCAAUUCAUUAAAAGGGAUUUUUAUACUUUGUUGGAGUAAAAAGUUGUGAAAUUUCUUUUGCAAUAAAGAAAUAGUACACAGCA